UUUGGGAAAGUUCGGACUUUACGACUUGGUAUCGGUGACAUCUAACGGCUAAUAAAGUCAUAGAGAUUAGGAAAACACCAAUCUCCAUAAGAUACCACCCAUUAAAUUACGACAACCACUCCUCCACGCGUUCGAUUUAUUCUUGGUAACGCCAAUGAUUUUCGGCCAUUAGUCCGUCCGUUCCAACUGCAUCAUCUUCCUUCCUUAAUUUCUUCCUCAUUAAAUUCGUAUUAAUCUCUCUCUCUCUCUCUCUCUCUCUCUCUGAGAAAAAAGAGAAUAAAAAAGAAAUACCUACCAUCCAUCUUCUUCAAGAAAUCACCUCCAUGAUCAUACCAAUUCCGGUGCUUCAGAAAAACCGGCGCUGUUCAACCUGUUGACAAAACAUAUAUUGGAUGAAUAUCAGUCGAGUUUGGAUAGACAUGGGCGGUUAUAUGCUAUGAACAUCUCAAGAGCUGGAUCUAAAAGGUCCUGGAUCCUCCUGUAUGUCUCUGGACCAUCACCAAAAUCACCUCAACCCUAUUGAAUGAAUCGGGAACAUACGACUCUCCAACGUUUCAUCAUUAGGAGAAGAUUAUGUAGUGGUUAAUUUAAAUCCAUGAACCAAAAGAAGACUUCUCUUAAGAUUGAAGGUACCCGGCUAGACUCUGCAUCAGCUCCCCAAUCAGAAGAAAAAGAACUCUUAAAAACAACUGGAUCAAGGGGAUGAGGCUGCUUACGAUUUAGUUGGAAGAGUUCGUUGGCAAUAUUUGUAUACUCGUCUCUGGUAGGAUCGGGAUCUCUUCUCCUUGUGUACAAUCCUGUAUUUGUAUGCAAAUCGCCAUCAUCAUCAAGAACAGGAGGAAAGCUAAAGCUACCAGUCAUCUAUUAUACGUUCCUACAAGACAUUCAACAUUCAAGACCAACGCUAGCAUACACAAAAGAGGUUUCUACCUUGGUGAUGAAGUUAAACAAGCGUCACAGUUCUUUUUCAAUGAUGGAGUCUAUGUUCUGAUAUAUGUAUAUGAGAAAAACCAGGCUUGUAAACUGGCACCCAACUGUCUUGAGAAUAUUAGGUCUAAUUUUUCCAAUAAAAUUUCUAAUUUCAUCAAUUUUGUUUAAUUUCGCCCCCUAAACCUUCUAAUCUUGUUCUAAACUUUCUAAUUAUGUCUGAAAUUUCUUAAACCCUAGAUACAAUUUCAGGGAAAUACGCAAUUAAAGAAAGCUUUGAAUACUUUCCUAGGCUUCGAAUUGAAUAGCAUAUUGUUUAUAGAAGACGACCAAGACAAGUAGAGAACAAAAGCGUGAAUCAAACUGGGCUUGUUUUUCGUUACACGAUUCGAGGCGAUGAAGUGCAAGGUCAGGAAGUCAUCUCACUGAACGUUGCCAGGUUGAAUUUUUCUUUAAUGCAGUGGAAGGAGGUGAGCAGUUUUGGUGAUCAUGUUCUCUUUUCUGGCAAAAGCACAACAGCUUGUUGCUCGGCAGCUGAGUUGGGUUUCAAUAGGGGUUGUUUGUAUUACACACUGCCCGAGGAUCAGAGCUUGUACAAAUUUGAAUUAGAAGGCACUGGUACUGUAACGUUGCCGUGUCUAAAGCUUCCAACACCAUGCUUUUCGUCAGAUUGGAUUAUGAUGCCUACCACUUUCAGGGUUGGAGAACAAGAAAGAUCUGAACUUAUGUUAAAUAGACGGGAAGAAAGAGAUUUCAUAACCAGCAUUGGAGUAAGAUUAAAUAACAAAUGUGAGAAUCAGGGAGAAGUAAAUCAACAAGGACCUUGGAGUAUUCUUCAAGACGACACUCUACUCAAGACAGCAAGUUAUCUCCAUCCAAUUGACUACAAACAAUUUCGAUUAGUCUGUAAAGCAAUUCGAUCGAAUCUACCUAUAUUUAAGCAAACACCAACUUCCGGUACGAUCUUAAGCAACAGAUAUGUGUCUCCAUGGCUAGUAUUUUCUGUCAACAAUGAGUGCACUGUCUACAAUUUUGUCGACCCGAUGCAUAAUAAUGAGAACUACUUUAUGGAACGUCCCUUGCUAAAAGGAGCUAUAAUUCGUUUCCAAAAGGACGGCUGGCUACUUAUGUCGGAGGGAGCUCACAGAUUAUUCUUUCACAACCCCUUCACGAAAGAGACCAUUAAUAUUCCGGAUUUGCCUCAACAUUACCACUUCUCCAACAUCUCAUUCUUUUCAUUACCGACUUGUUCUGAUUGUGUAGUUUAUGGCAUUCAAGUAGAUGAAGAAGAUGAGGGUAUCCGUGUCUAUAUCAUUGCAAGGGGAGAGAAGUCUUGGAGGGAUCACAUGUUUGAUAAUAUCGAUACGGAUGGGUACUACAUGCCAUCACUUAACACUCCAGUUCUAUACAAAGGGAUUUUGUAUUCUGUAGAUUAUAAUGGACUUGUAGGAACUUUAAGCUCGGAAGACAACAUUAAUUGGAGUUACCAAGUUGUUAAUAAGCCCCGCGGAAUAUUUGAUGGUGCAUAUCCUAGCUUUCUGGUGGAGUGUGGAGGAGAUCUUUUAUUAGUGAAAUUAGGACGUAUGGGGGUAUUCAAAGGAAUUUUCAGAUUAAAUUUCUCGAAGAAGGAAUGGGUCAGAGUAAAGAGUCUGGGAAAACAUAUGUUAUUCAUCAGCUAUACAUCUUGUGUCUCAAGAAUUGCUCCGCGUGCUGAUAUGGAGAACAAGAUAUAUUUUUCUAGAUUGUCCUUGCAUGGGGAAGGAAUAUUAUUGUAUUCACUUGAUACAGGUAAUUACCAUUCUCUUGGGAAUCAACGUUCUUCAAAAGAUUUUUAUGAUACAAAGGGGUGGGCAUCAUGGUCUUGGAUUGAACCUAAUUGGUCAAGGUCGACUUCAGAGGAGCUCGAUUGGUUUGCAAAUCUUUCAUAAUACUAUCUAUUAAUUAGUGUUUUCUUGUAUUCCAUAACAACCAUGUAACCCAUGUGGUUGCACGAAGAGAUGAUACAUUCUCUCGCAACGUUUUCUUGUAUUCCAUGACAACCAUGUAACCCAUGUGGUUGCUCGAAGAGAUGAUACAUUCUCUCGCAACUGGGAUAUAUUAGUUAUCGAUGAAUAUUAUUUUAAUUUAUG